UCAAGGCAGUGCAUGCAAAAAAAAAAAAAAAAAAAAUCUCAUAAACGUUUAAACGUCCCUCUUAUUCCCUAUUUUCUAUAACCACAGUUUACAACGUAGUAUUUUUUUGUAUGUUUUUGAAAAGGUUUUCACGUGAACAGGAAGUGACUGGAUGCCCAGAGCACAGUGUAAGCGUGCGGCGGGCCGAUAGAUCACAGCGCGCGCAGCUGAGGCUCCUUCACGAUCUCCUCGUCAGACUUUCAGUGAGGAACUGCCCGUCGCUCUUCUAAAUAUGACACAGUACGAAGAGGUCAAGGUUCGGGGUUACGAUGAGUUUUGCAAGGCAGUGUCGGAGAGGACAGGCAAAGACAUUUUCGCCUACUUUUCGGGCGACAAAGACGCGCAGGGAGUGAGCUGGUGUCCCGACUGCGUUAAAGCGGAGCCGGUUGUUCGAGGAGAGCUGGCACAUCUUCCUGAAGGAUCUGUCUUCGUUUACUGCCAAGUUGGGGACCGGCCCUACUGGAAAGAUCCCAACAAUGAAUUUAAGAAAGUACUGAAGCUCAGCGGUGUUCCCACGUUGCUGCGAUAUGGCACGCCUCAGAAGCUUGUGGAGGAAGAGUGCUUCAAACCAGAACUGGUGCGGAUGAUGUUUACCGAGGAUUGAUAGAAACAAGGGCUCCAUGUCAGUCUGCCACUCAAAAAUUUUGCGAUAUUCAACGGCACCUCUCCUCCAUAUGCCUUAAUGAAAUCAAUAUUUUGCUUCACGUCAGUUGCCCUCAAUUUCAGUCUUCCUAUUUGUGUGCAGUACAAAUGAUUUUUUUUUAAAGCACAGCAGUCUGAGGUGUGCUUUUGUGCAUUGGGAAAUUAGUAAUGUGCUAGAAGUUAUCAGUUGCUUUUACACCUUUUCAGGGUAACGCUCACUUUGAACACAAGACUGUUCAAAUUUUUGUCACUAUUCUAGUAAGACCUUGAACAUUAUAGUCAAAAAAACUGCAGUUCUUUAAGGUGAUAUAUAAAUUGACAUGAAAUAUUAAUCUCUGAAAUAUUGGUGUCAAGCCAUUCAUAUUCCUGAGACCAGUGAACAGCGUUUGAGUUUCCGAAAGGUGAUAUUGAUUAAAUGUAUCGGUUGUGUUGCUCUCAGAAAGAAAUCAUGUGCAUUAAUAAAGCUCAAAUACGAUGCUCUUCA